AUGGUGACACAAGCCUUUAAUGCCUGCACUCAGGAGCCAGGGGCAAGAACCAAGCAAGCACCUAAGCCAUCGAGUACUGGGAGAAAUAUGUCAGUGGACUCACAUGCCACAGAAAAACUAGGGUUGCCACGAGAGCUGCUCCCACGCAUCAGUGUUUAUAUGGCCAUCCUCACCCGAGCAAGCUCAUGGGCAGGCUCUCCUCCCCAUCUCCUAUCUUUCUCUAGCUCUUUCUUCUUUGUCUCUCCUCCUGGUAGCCUUGAAAAUACUUCAAGCAAAAAUCUUUUCCUGAGCCUGAGGGGACUCCUGCUUCUCUUUGUUCUGACGACUGGUGCUGAUGAUUGGUCAGCCUUUCCUCUGCAAUGCACCAAUCAUUGGUUCUAUCUCAGGAUUAAGGCCACGCUAUUCUGCAAUAUAUUUAUGGAACCUGAUGAAGUGUUUUUAGGAUCUGGCUGCCCUGUGAGCACCGUCUGGCCAAAUGAUGUUUAUGACUUUACCUACCCUACUUACUCCUGCGGCAUUGUCAAUAAAGUUCUUUAUGAUGUCACUCCGCUUCAGACACAACUUACAUAUAUCCCAAAAAACUCUACUAACAGAACUGAGAUGCGCCUGUCCUGUAUUCUACACAGUUGGUAUCCUCUUUUCUGUGAAGCUGAAAGUAGAGGAGACUUCACUGGCAACCCUCCUGAGGGAAGAGACAUGACAACAUGCAGGAAUGAGCAGGCUGCUCCUGCAGUGCUGCUAAACUUUUCAACAUCAGGUGAAAACCAUCAACCACGUGUCACAGGAGCCUCAGACCUCGGAACCAGCAGGCUUCAGCAGGCUGAAGCAUCUAGCUGCGUGGAUUAG